UCCGCUGUCCCCCAGUGAGGCGCUUCCGGUCUGUCCCGGCUGCGCCCGCGGCCUCGCUGUGGUGUGCGGGUACCGGCAGCCUCUGUGCGAACGCGAGCGGAAGGGUGAGGAGAGGCCUCGGCGGCACCGGUCAUGCCGCCCGUGAAGGCCGGCGGUAAGGAAGCCCUGGUGCUGCAGUGCGAGUGGGAGGCGUGCAGCUACGUGGCCUCCGCCAUGGAGGAGUUCUGCGGGCAUGUGGCCCAGCACCUGCGGCUGCACCUGCCCGGCGAGCAGCGGGACGAGCUGGACCCGCUCGAGGAAUACACGUGUCUGUGGCAGGACUGUGGUUUCUGUUCCCCGGAGAGCCCCGCCGACCUCACCCGCCACGUCUACUUCCACUGCUACCACACCAAGCUAAAGCAGUGGGGACUGCAGGCCCUGCAGGGCCAGUCGGAGGUGAGCCACUGCCAGCUGGACUUCCAGAGCCGCAACAUCAUCCCUGAAAUCCAGGAGAACUUUCAGUGCCUAUGGGAAUACUGUGAGAGAUCAUUUGAUAAUCCCGAGUGGUUCUAUCGGCACGUGGAGGAUCACAGCUUCUGUUCAGAAUACAAGGCUGCUGGGAAGGAGAACCACGUGGUCCUCUGUGGCUGGAAAGACUGUGACUGCACCUUCAAAGGGCGCUGCAAGCUGCGGGAGCACCUGCGCAGCCACACGCAGGAGAAGGUGGUGGCCUGCCCUACCUGUGGUGGGAUGUUUGCCAACAACACCAAGUUCUUUGACCACAUCCGCCGUCAGACUGCGCUGGACCAGCAGAGGUUUCAGUGUUCUCACUGUUCCAAGAGGUUCGCCACAGAGAGGCUGCUCCGUGACCACAUGAGGAACCACGUGAACCAUUAUAAGUGCCCUCUGUGUGACAUGACCUGCCCACUGCCCUCCUCCCUGCGCAAUCACAUCCGUUUUCGGCACAGUGAGGAACGGCCAUUCAAAUGUGACUACUGUGACUACAGGUGCAAGAAUCUCAUUGACUUGAGGAAACAUCUGGAUACACACAGCAAAGAGCCAGCCUAUCGCUGCGAGUUUGAGGCUUGCAGUUUCACUGCACGUUCCCUCUGCUCCAUCAAACUGCACUACCGGAAAGUCCACGAGGGUGACUCAGAACCCCGCUAUAAGUGCCAUGUCUGUGACAAGAGCUUCACGCGUGGAAACAACCUUACUGUCCACCUCAGGAAGAAACACCAGUUCAAAUGGCCCUCGGGGCAUCCUCGCUUCAGGUACAAGGAGCAUGAGGAUGGCUACAUGAGGCUGCAGCUGGUGCGCUAUGAGAGUGUGGAGCUGACAGAGCAGCUAUUGAAGGAUGGAGAGAAACAGGAGGAGGCACUGGAUGGCUCCGCUGAUGGUGUGGUGCUGUCUGAAGGUGAGGGCAACUUGCAGGGCAUCAUUCUGGAGGCUCCAACAGAGGUUCCUUCUGUGGAGAGCAACGUGUCCGAGCCACACAUGGCCCUGCUGCAUCCUGCAGCCUGCUCUGCCGACAGCUCUGAGCAAGCACAACCCAGCACCUUCUCAGGAGCAGUGCAGUCCUCAGAGCAGGAGCCCAGCACCCCGGCCAACCCCAUCAUCCGUGUGGUGAACCGGACCAACGAGCAUGGGGAGAGUGAGACUGUGUAUUAUAUCAUGGCCAGCACACUCUCAGAGGAGCGGGCAGCAGCAGCCAGAGGGCUGGCUAUGGAGCUGGAGGAGAAUGUCAUGGAUCGUCUGCAGAAGACAGCUGAAGAGCUGGGUAUCCAUAUUGUGUGAGAUGCUAACCUGAGAAGCUUGGGCUUCUGUGGAACGUGGUGCAGGGAGAGGUUGGGAGAUGUGUAGAGGGAAAGGGUCCAGUGUGUCUUCUGCGUGCAGAUGGCUAGCUUUCUCCUCUGCCUCCCCCUAACUUGUUCUCCAUGGGAUGACACGCUCCUCUUCCGCCUUCAUCAGUGCUUUCCUGAACAUCAUCUUCCCUGAUGAUCAGCCAGUGCUGUCAGAGGUGUUUGCACUGCCGUUCCCAUUUCACUGCAUUGAUCUCUAUGGGAGGAGGGGACUGCAGGAAGGCACUGGCCCUUGCAGGCUACCUGCAGCGUGGGGAGUUUGGGACCUUCCUGCUUUUGUUUUUCCUUGAGUUUACUCCCCACAUUGGGGUUUGGGCUCCUGGUUGGGCAGACUGUACUUUGGAUAGCCAAAUAAAGAUCAGACUGCUAGGCCA